CGUUUGACAAGUCUCGACGUGUCCAUCGAAGUCUCACUAAAGUCUCUUACAAUGCAGGAGAAUCCGCAAGCAGCCAAGCUUCUGUCACUGCUUUGUCUUUUGCCGGAUGGAUUAGUUCUGAGCUGCUGCAACGCUGCGCUGCAGCAAGUGGCUCUCAUUGACACGCAUCAAACCCGAUUGAAAAAGCUGGCACCAAUACGCGAAUUUAUCCUCGAAGAAUAUCCACCGGCUGGUCGACCGCUCGAAGAGCUACGCCUCCAUUUCGCACAGUUUACGAUGCGAGUUUACAAGGCCGCGGCUCACAUCACCAAGAAUGCCGUGGAUGCCUUAUCAAUCGAGUUCUGGAACAUCAAUUCCGUUUUGUUGCACUUUUGGCAGACUCUAGCAGAUGUUGAUGCUUGCGACGGACCUCUUGAAGCAACCUUUCAGUUGGCCCAGUUCGUUUACUUGGCAAGCUAUGGAGAUUGUUUACCGCUCUUGCCUUAUGCGAAAGCAAAGCUGCAAAUACUUGGGCGUGGAGAAGAUGCCACCGAAUGCACCCGAAAAAUGGGCGAUAUUCUGCGCAUGCGUCAUCGUUAUCCAGAAGCAGCAGCGAUGUUGGAAGAAGCCAAGAUCUCUUUCACCAACUUCAAUGAUCAAUGGGGUGCAGCACAGUGUGCUCGAAGUAUUGCAGAUAUAAUGCGCAUGCAGAACCGAUACGAAGAGGCACUCGUCAAGUUGGAGGAAGCCGGAGAUACGUUCUGCAAACUUGGCGCUGCUAUUGACUUCGCCCGAUGCAAGCAGACCAUGGGCGAGAUUUUUUCGAUGAGACAGCAGUAUGGAGAUUCCCUGCCCAAACUGGUGGAAGCCAAAUCGACUUUUGAAGCUAUGGGAGACUGCCUUGGCGCUACCCAGUGUAUGCAGAGCAUGAGCGACAUGUUAUGCAUGCUGAACAAGUAUGACCAGGCCGCUGCAACGCUAGAAGAAGUGAAGGCCACCUAUGACCGCAUUGGCAAUCGACUGGGUGCUACACAAUGCGUACUGCGAACAGGCAUUAUCUUUCUCAUGCGAGAUCGUCGUGUUGAGGCCAUGUACAACUUCCGAGAAGCUAAGGCGGCGUUCGACACCAUGAAGGAUCUCCGUGGUAGCGCUCAAUGUCAGGGAAGGAUGGGCGAUAUCUGUAUCACGGAGAAUCCAUACUCCGACGCGAUCGUAAUGCUCUCAGAAGCGACCACGGCCUUUACGUCGAUAGGAGAUCGAAUGGCCGCCGCUCAAUGUACGCAGGGUAUCGGCAAUGCAUUACGAAUGUGGAAUCGUUACCCAGAGGCGGUGUCAAAGCUCGAUGAGGCACGAAGGAUAUUUGAAUCAAUAAGCAAUCCCCUUGGCGUGGCACAGUGCAAGCACAGCUCAGGCGACAUGCUGCUGACGAUCGGCGCUUAUGACGAAGCGAUGUGCAAACUAAAAGAGGCCCACGCCUCGUUUGAGGUUCUUGGUAACACGCUGGGGACGGCCCAAUGCAAGCACAGUACUGGAAAUGUCCUUCUCAUGCUCGGUCGGUAUGAAGAAGCAAGCUCCAAACUUGAAGAGGCCAAGCUUUCGCUUCAGUUGAUUGGUGAUGGGUGGGGCUCAGCUCAAUGUACGCUCAGCUUGGGCAACGUCCUGCGCAUGAUGAAUCGAUAUGAGGAUGCCGCCAUACGGUUGGCGGAAGCUAGGGCAGACUUCGAAAAACUCGACUAUCAACUCGGCGUAGCCCAAUGUGACCAGCGUUUGGGAGAAAUCUUGCAUAUGCAGAUGAAACACGUCGAUGCUUUGGAGCAACUUGAGAAAGCACGGGCUGUAUUCGAUACUGUUGGAGACCGACUCAGAGCGGCCCAGUGCUAUCAGACUAUUGCGAAUGCGCUGCUCACGCGUGGCGAGCAUGAUCAAGCCAUCGCGAAGAUGAAUGAUGCCCAGGUCAAAUUUCAGGAAAUCGGCGAUGUGAUAGGUUCCGCGCAGUGCUUGCAGAGUAUCGGUGAUGCAUUGUAUGCGCUUGGUCGACACAACGAAGCAUUCUCGAAUCUGGAAGGGGCGAGGUCUGUGUUUGAUGAGAAAGGACAUCGGCUUGGGAUAGCCCAAACAAUGCAGAGCAUGGCGAACGUGCUCAUUGGAAAAGAGCGAUAUGACGAAGCUCUCAAUUGGUUGACCGAGUCAAAGGCGCUCUUCUCACUCGUCGGGGACCAGCUCGGAGUGGCCAAAUGUCUGCUUAGUAUUGGCAAUGUCCUCCGUAUUCGGGAGCUGUUCAGCGACGCUGCCAUUCAAUUUGAGGACGCUAGACGAAUAGGGGUGUCGAUCAUGAAUCGACAUGUUGAAGCGCAGAGCAGCAGGCUUCUUGCAUACACCUGCAUAGCUUUAGAGCGCCUGGACGGUGGGCGUGACCUAUUUGAGGCGGCGGCACAGUUGUACAUCGAAAUUGGAUUAGAUGAGCAAGCCAAGAUCUGCAACGAGGCGUUGGAGAUCCUUCGAACUGCAGUGCUUGAUUGA